AUGAACAAUUCAACACCGAUGGCAUCCUCACACGCCCCUCCACAGCGACCUCCGUAUCCUCCCGCAAACGUAUCUUACCGAAGCGAUUACGGACAGCCAAACGGUCGGCCGAGCCCCGUCAACCCGCAAUCGCCGCAAGCAAUGAACUUCUCAUCGCCUUCGCCUCAGCAACCAUUCAGCCCGCAAUAUGGUCAGCCAGCUGCCAAACGUCCACGACUCUCACCCGAUGCGCCGUCGCCGUUCUCUGGCUCGCCGUACCCUCAGACGCCAUCUGGCCAAGCUCGAUCUCCGGUAGGUGGCAUGUCGGUAAACGGCGCGAUUUCACAACCGUCGCGGCCCGGCUCGAUGGCGCCACCACAGCGACCCCCUGAACGAGAUCAAAAUGAAGCUCAGAAUGGACAAAGAGACUGGCCCGGGAUGAACGCGAAUCAAAAAGACGAUGAGCGCAAUUUCUCCGGCCUUGCCCUCGGCUCCUCAGCAUCACCGAAUGGUGUCUAUGCGAACAACAACGUCAAUUACAAUCCGGUCAACAAUGCAUUUGGCCGGCCAGGAUCUAGAGAUGGCGCUCCCGCGGCUGCAGAAUCAAGCCAAAUACCAUCAAAGGAGGCUACGGCGGAGGAGAAACAGCAACGACUUGAGGAGCGUGCCGAUUGGGAGGCAGCCAGGCACUCGCAGAACCCUCUGUGGGACAUGUUUCUGUAUGGUGGUAUUUUGAAUGAUCGCAUCCGGCAGAUCAGUCUUCGAGAACACCUAACGGAUCCUCAACAUGGCGUUUUGGUGAACACUCAGAAGACCGGACCGCCACCCGUGGCCCGAGUCAAUGGUCAGGAAGGCGCCAGCCGAGUUAUUGACAAAGGCCAGGCCAUUCUCGACAUGCACAAGGGUGAUCGACUGGGCGAGAUCAUGAAGCUAGUCACACUUGCAACUAAAUCCCGCUUAACAGGCCUGUUGAGUGCUUCUGCUCGACUUGCAAUGGAGCGACGCGAGCAUUCCAAAGGCAGAGUGCCAAUCGAGUGGCAAGAUGUUGCAGUUGCGGCAAUCACUUCAGCGGAGCGUGGGACUACGAUAGGUGCUGGGGACGCGGAAAAUGCCACCGCAAACCCCCUCAAGCGUAAGCUGCCAAAUAACUCACAUCGUCCAGACAGUUCUACUGACACGGAGAAAGGCACCCACGACCAGGCCAAUAGUGCAAACGGAAGCCAGCGAGCAGCAUCUAGCGGACCCGAAAACAAGGCAAUAUCAGUGUUGUCCAACAUGAUGCAAGACGAGAAAGGUGCUGAAGAGGCACGCCGAAUCAAGCGAACUAAGAGGAAAGCCGUUGCAGAUGCUGCUAACCAGGCAGCGCAGACUGCAGCCGAAGAAGAGGCCGUGGCAGCCGUGAACAACGAGCCAGCAAAGAAGACCAAAAAGGCUGAGAAGCAGGAAAACGCGCGAGCUGUGGAAGCUCAACAGCAUCAGCAAGCAAAUGCCGCGGCCCAACUGGCAAUGUCGAGUAUGCUUGGUGGACGAAAGGGCAAAUCGUACAGCUGGAUGAAAUCUGGCGGAAGUGGUGCGUCAACACCAUCACGGUUAGGUCUAGCUUCUGCCGCAGGCACUCCUAAGUCUGUUGAGCGGACGAAGCCGGUGGUGAAUGAGAGAGGCUUCGGUGCUUGGGACGAGGACAAACAUCCCGGUAUUCAAGCCCGCGAUGUGCUACACGUGCUUGAGACCGACAACAAAGCGCCUCGGGCAUACACCAAGGGAUGUGUGAUGCUCGAUGGCUAA